AUAAUAAAGAUCCCUCCCUCCCUGCUCAAAGGCCAUUAUAUUAGUGCCGAGCAUAGGCCUAAAUUUUGCAGCCCUUCUCCGGCUGUGGUGACGUCUCCAUGUGAGUAAAAAUCCUCAAGCGGGCGAUUCCCGGUUGUGCGAACUACUAAAAUUACCCAAUGCCACGAUAACGGGAGAUCACUCUAUUAAUAAUGUCGUUCAAAAUCGCAUUGGUGCAACUUGCGGUUUCAGCAACAAAGGCUGACAAUUUGAAGCGUGCUGCACAACUGGUGUCACGGGCAGCAAAGGAAGGUGCUAAACUUGUGUCUCUUCCAGAGUGCUUCAACUCGCCUUAUGGGACUAAUUACUUCCCAGAAUAUGCCGAAAAAAUUCCUGGAACUUCGUUUGAUUCUCUGUCAAACAUGGCAAAAGAAAAUCAAAUAUAUCUUAUCGGCGGAUCUAUUCCAGAAGACGAAAACGGCAAACUGUUCAACACAUGUUGUGUGUUCAACCCCAAGGGUGAAAUGAUUGCUAAACACAGAAAAAUUCAUUUAUUUGACAUCGACGUCCCUGGGAAAAUCCGAUUCCAGGAGUCCGAAACCCUCAGUCCGGGGAACAGUUUCACGAUAUUCGACACACCUUUCUGCAAAGUGGGAGUUGGAAUCUGCUAUGAUAUAAGAUUUCCAGAAUUGGCACAGGUAUAUGCAAAGCAGAAUUGCAAACUUUUAGUGUAUCCUGGUGCUUUUAAUAUGACGACUGGCCCUGCCCAUUGGGAGCUGCUGCAGAGGGGGCGUGCACUGGAUAACCAACUAUAUGUUGCCACGGUUUCUCCAGCACGUGACACGGAGGCAAAAUAUGUGGCCUGGGGUCAUAGUAGUGUUGUAAACCCCUGGGGAGAAGUUAUAGUGACAACAGAACACGAAGAGACUAUUCUGUAUAGUGAAAUUGACCCGACAUACGCGGACGAAGUUCGGGAACAGAUUCCUAUUGGAAAACAAAAGCGGAACGAUAUGUACACGCUGGAAUGGAAAGGGGCAUAAAGUCGAGUUUUAUACUUGCAGUUGUACUCUUAUUAAUCAGUGUUUUGUUAAAUUUAUUCAAUGCACUUGUUUGCUGUUUAUCAAAACGUGUUCGAGAAUAAAUCGGAGUCAUUGAAUAUAUAUUUAAUCUAAACAGAUUGAUGUGCAUUAUAAAGAAUAGAUCUCCUC